CUUGAGUCUGAGUCUUGACAAGCGCAAUGACCAAGUUCCAUGUAGUGUUCAUCUCUACCCCAGGUAACAUUGGGAACCUUGUUCCAACUGUUGAAUUUGCCCGCCGCCUCACCAAUCACGACCCCCAAUUCUUCGCCACCAUUCUCAUGAUCGACAUAGCAGAAAGACCCAUCGUCAACGCCUACAUCCGAUCGUGUGUUGCCACGGCCACCGACAUUAAUUUCAUCAACCUCCCUCCCGUGGAUCCCCCGUCAACGGAUGAGUACCAAACUUACUUAGGUUACAUAUGUCUGCUCAUAGCAAAGCACAAACUCCACGUAAAAAAUGCAAUCGCUCACCUCAUUUCAACUGAGUCCACGUCCGACUCCGAUAGUAAUACUGUCCGAGUUGCUGGCUUGUUCGUUGACAUGUUUUGUACAUCUAUGAUCGAUGUGGCAAACAAGCUAGGCAUCCCUUGUUAUCUUUACUUCGCUUCUCCAGUUAGCUUUUUGGGGUUAAUGCUUUAUCUACCAACUCUAGAUGCCAAAUUCGCAACUGAGUUUGUUGCCUUGGACAGUGGGUUGAUGGUCCCCAAAGACCCAGCAGCAGCCAGUGCCAGUGGGUUAACCAUCCCGGGCUUUGCCAACCCCGUACCUUACCGGGUGUUGCCCAAUUCGGUGUUGUACAGAAAACAGGACGGUUAUUUCUGGUAUCUACACCAUGCACGCAGGUACAAAGAAACCAAGGGGAUCGUUGUGAACACGUUUAGAGAACUGGAAUCUUAUGCCAUCGACUCUGUCUCUAAUGGGAAUGAUGAUUGGCCUCCCAUCUAUCCCAUUGGUCCAGUUCUUGACCUUGUUGGACCGGCACAGUGGCAUCCCCAACAAGCUCAGCAUGGUAGCAUCAUGCAAUGGCUCGAUAACCAACCUCCUUCAUCCGUGGUGUUCUUGUGUUUCGGCAGCAUGGGAAGCCUUAGUGAGGCGCAGUUGAGGGAAAUAGCAGUGGGACUAGAACGGAGCGGAUUCCGGUUCUUGUGGUCUAUCCGCGAACCGCCGAAAAUGAAAUUGGACCUUCCGGGCGAAUACACGAAUGUGGAGGAAAUCGAGAUGCUGCCUCCAGGGUUCGUUGAUCGAAGCCGAAGGGCUGGAACUGGGUUGGUUUGCGGAUGGGUCCCGCAAGCUUUGAUAUUGAGCCACCAAGCAAUCGGAGGGUUCGUCUCACACUGUGGAUGGAAUUCCAUCUUGGAGAGUAUAUGGUAUGGUGUUCCAAUAGCCACGUGGCCGCUCUAUGCAGAGCAGCAACUGAAUGCCUUCGAAUUGGUGACGGAGCUGGAACUGGCUGUGGAGAUCCGAGCGGAUUACAGGAAGGGCAGCGACUUGGUGUCUCCCGAGGAGCUGGAGAGAGCGCUGCGGCGUCUGAUGAAGGGCAAUGAUGAGGUUAGGAGAAAGAUGAGGGAAAUGAAACAGAAGAGUAGGGUGGCUCUCAUGCCAAAUGGAUCAUCAUACAAAUCGCUGGCUUCUCUGAUUGAGGAGUUAACGGCAGAGAGAGCGAUUAAAAAAGUGGAAAUACUUGAGUAACAAGCAGCACUGAAAUGGUGGAUCGGUGCGUUGCUUUUGUCGUAAGGCGAUAAUACAUUACAUACUAGUAAAUAGUAAACAAAAGUAUCGUCUUUUGGUUUUGGAGGGACCUUCGCUCUAUGUAUGUAUGUUUCAGUCAAAAUUGAAAAAGUACGAUUCUAAAGUACUUUUAAUGAUUUCCAAAAUCUUUUUCUAUAAUGAUCUCUGGCCUCGCCCAGCUGUGCAAGUGUUACAGUUCAAAAAGAUGAGCCGAGCAGAUGCAAUCUGCAUAGAAUCUGCGCGUACCAUGGACGUUUCUUUAUGAGAUUGUGAUGGUUCUAAAUUUUAGCUUCUUUAAAUGUGGUGGCAUUUAUUGAGAAAUGACCUAUCCAACUUCAAGGGAGCUCAGUAAAGAUACUAACUCAUCCUUUAGUUCUUUCAUCUCCAAGAUCUUGAGCCCUUCCUUCAUAGGCCUGUAAGCUUGACAAGCUCUCUUUACAAAAUCCUCGUCAAGUUGCUUGCUAACUGUUUUAAGAAAGGUAUUUUUGCUUGCUCCUUUUUGCAAGUUUUAAGUUGAGUAUUGAAUUUGACUUUAAGAAUGUUCUAUCGUGGAUGGCUAAUACUGAUACGAGGUCUUGAAAUUAAUUAGAUU